AUGAACGGCAUACUAGGAACUGCGCCUCCCGGCACGUUGUACGUGCGAGCACUCUACGACUACGAGGCUGACGACCGGACAAGUCUAAGUUUCCAUGAAGGCGACGUGAUCCAAGUCAUCACACAGUUGGAGAGUGGUUGGUGGGACGGUGUCAUUAAUGGGGUCCGAGGCUGGUUUCCAAGCAAUUAUUGUCAGAUCAUCACAAAUCCCGAGGAGAUCCCAGAGCAUAUGCAAAACCUGGAGGGGGACAAUGGAGAUGACGAGCUAGAGGAUCAGGUAGUAUAUGAAGAGGAGUUCGACGAUGGGAAUGAAUCAGAUCCCGACGACCUUAACGGGCUACCUCUUGAAGGCACGAGGACUAGGAAAUCUGGUGCCGAUUUCUGGAUACCUCAGGCCACGCCUGAGGGCAGACUAUUUUACUACAACACUAUGACUGGAGAGAGUAGUAAUGAGCUCCCGCUUGAGUCACCGACUUCUAGCACCGAAAAUGGACCCCGGGACCGGAUGAACGUAAAUAUGCCGGAAAGGACAAGGAUACCUCCGGAGGUAAUGGCAAGAGGUUUGAUGCAAGACGAAGACGAAGACUCGGAGGCAACGUCAGCUUCGGAACUCGAAGGCGAAUUGCUCAUGAAGAGCUCAAUGGGUUCCUUGCCCCCGAGACGUCGUGGUUACGGAAGCGAUAGCGUCGGAGUCUCUCCAUCACCAUCCAUGGAUUCCAUCAAUGGCUCGCAGGGAGUACGCUCUCGAACUGACACUUUCAUCAAUACUAAUAUCGCAAUAACCGCCGGUGGUCAAGUACCGACACUGGCAUCUGCUACGUCGUUCACAGGCACUGGUUUUAAUCUUCCGCAAGCAGCUACGAUACCUCGCUCCUUUUUUGACGACGGCACUACGCAGCCUUUAUCAUGGAACCUUCUCGUGGCAAAUAUGAAGCGCGCUAUCGACCGUUAUCGAGACGCGAUCACGAGCAACAACAGGUCCGAGUAUGUUUCCCGCGCGGAGGAUAUAUCUGAUCAUCUGCGAUUGUUGCUGGCUGCUGGCUCGGGUACGACGGAUAAUCACUCUGGCCAGCCUUCUAUCAUCUCCACUAACAAGGCGCUUUAUCCCCACUUCCGGGAUAUGAUGUCUAAAUUUUCUAAGCUCGUCAUCUCAUCGCAUAUAGCUGCCGCCGAUUGGCCGAACGCCGAGUCCGUCCAAAAGUGUUUGCAAGAAGCCGAUGGUGUGCUCGGAGGCGUUUUCAGCUUCGUUGAAGUCGCAAGGCAGCAAAGAGGCGAAGAAAUUCCGCGGCUAUUCCCCGGCUUCGUCAUUGGCAGUACGACCGGUGGAAGCUGGCAAAACAAUGGGCUUGGUCCUCGUGAUCCUAUCACUUCGAAUUUCUUGGAGGAAGACGAUGGGUAUACUGAGCCGACGGCAGUGCUCGACGGAAAACUCCUCGAGAGACUUGACGAAUACAAGAGGAUGCUGGUUUCCAGUAUCAGGGAGCUAGAAAAGAAUCUCGGCAUAUCGGACAAGAUUGUGUCUCCGUACAAACACGAGCUUGUUGGCAACAAUGUGUGCAUCGCCGGUGGAAAGGUUUUGGAGAUGUUCAAGCCUUGGAUCGCGAUGAUCGAGUCUAUUGAUCUUUCUUCGCUUGGAAAUACCUUCCAGACGCCUCAGCUUGCUGACUAUGGUACCAACAAGCAAAGUCUUUACGACAACAUAUCCGACCUUGUGUUAGGGUGCCAGGCUGUUGCUGGUCCUCUAGGUGAUGAAUGGUCCGAGGUCCGUGGUGAGUCGUUGGAAGGCAGACUCGAAUAUGUGAGACAGUGCGCCAGAGCACUGGAAACAAAUUCUUCUCACAUUGGCUUUUCACUCCAGCUUCUCUCUGAACAGGUACAAAUCAACAUGCAGCAGCGGCAGGAGUCUCGAAUGCGGGAGGACAGCAUGGGGAGAGAUCCACCCAGAAGAGAUACCAUGCCUGCCUACGAUACAAUGCACGCGCGUUCCGGUUCUCGUAACCUGUUAGAUGCUAGGCCGCCUCUAAUGGGAUCUAUAUCCUACACCGAAGGUGAAAUUCCUGCCAAACCUAGAAAGACUAAUAAUCUUUCAAAGAUUGCGCAAAUCCUAGGAGAGGGGUCUGUCCCCCAAAGUGCCAUUCAGCAAGUGGAGGAGACACCCGCAUUCUUGCGACUUGACCUUGAAAACGACCUGUCUUGGGACCUGAAGUCGACACCACCAGCAGUCAAGGGUGGUACGUUAUUAGCUUUGGUCGAGCAAUUGACAAGGCACGACAAGUCGGAUUUUAGCUUCAACAACACAUUCCUUUUGACGUACCGAUCAUUCACGUCGGCGCGAGAACUAUUCGAACUACUAGUCAAGCGCUUCAACAUCCAGCCGCCAGAAGGACUAGGCCCUAAUGAUUACGACGUUUGGAGGGAUCGAAAGCAAAAGCUAAUCCGCUUCCGUGUUGUGAACAUCAUCAAAAGUUGGUUUGAGAAUUAUUGGAUGGAGGAGCCGACCGAUGAGACUAAACAACUGAUCCGAGAUGUCUACGCAUUCGCUAGAGACACCGUCAAAUCUACGGAAACUCCCGGCGCAAACAAUCUCAUGUCCGUCUUAGACCAGCGACUUAACGGCAAAGAAAUUUCUUCCAAGCGCAUGAUCCAGACGUUUGCUAACAAUGUACCGGCUCCAAUCAUGCCGAAGAAUAUGAAGAAGCUAAAGUUCCUUGAUAUCGACGUUACGGAGUUUGCUCGUCAACUAACAAUCAUUGAAUCGAAGCUUUACGGCAAGAUAAAGCCAACGGAAUGUCUCAACAAGACAUGGCAAAAGAAAGUCGGGGAGAAUGAUCCUGAACCGGCACCGAAUGUAAAGGCACUUAUCUUGCAUUCCAACCAAAUGACGAAUUGGGUUGCCGAGAUGAUCCUCGCCCAGAUGGAUGUGAAGAAACGAGUGAUAGUCAUCAAGCAUUUCGUUUCAGUUGCCGACAAAUGCCGGAGUCUCAACAACUUCUCUACUCUGACAUCGAUCAUCUCCGCUCUCGGCACCGCCCCUAUUGCUCGUCUGAAGCGAACAUGGGAUCAAGUUCCGGCUAGGACUCAAGCCGUCUUAGAGACAAUGCGACGUUUAAUGGCAAGCACGAAAAACUUCGGAGAAUACAGAGAAGCUCUACAUGCUGCAAAUCCGCCGUGUAUUCCUUUCUUCGGUGUCUACCUUACCGAUCUCACGUUCAUUGAGGACGGUAUUCCGUCGAUCAUCAAGAAAACCAACCUUAUCAACUUUGCCAAACGUGCAAAGACAGCCGAGGUGAUCCGUGACAUUCAGGUCUACCAGAAUUCACCAUAUUCCCUACAACCCGUGCCCGAAUUGCAGGACUACAUCCUAAGCAACAUGCAAGCAGCCGGGGACGUACAUGAGAUGUACGAUAAGAGCUUGAUAGUAGAACCGCGUGAGCGCGAAGAUGAGAAGAUCGUAAGAGUUCUCGCUGAGUCUGGUUUCUUAUGA